AUGGUUUCAGAAUAUGGAGUAUUAAAAUUACAUUCUUCAAGGCAAAAGCAUACGAAAGCCAUGUCUGCAAUACCAAGCAAAACAAAACAGCGUAAUAUCAUGUCCGCAUUUGUUACGAAAGGAGUUAUGUCGAAAAAUAAAGUUGUCACAGCGACUGAAAUCAAGCUGGCGGGUUUUCUAGUUGAGCAUAAUAUUGCAUUCCAAACUGCAGAUCAUAUGUCAGAUUUAAUAAAUGGUAUAUUGGAAGAUUUUGGAGUGGAACAUAAAAUUGCUAUGAAAAGGACAAAAGCUACAGCUGUAAUCACCGAAGUAAUUGGUGAAAGUGAAAAAUCGUCUCUAGCCGAAAAACUGAAAACUGAGAAAUUCAGUGUUAUGCCUGACGAGUCAACAGAUGUCAGCACUCACAAGGCCAGUUGUAUAAUUGUUAGAUAUUAUGACGUUGAGGAAAAUAAAAUUGUGAGUAAGUUUUGGGAUCUUUGCAAAAUAUUUAGCUCUGAUCAUGAAAAAACAGCAGAAGAAGGUGCUACUGGGGAAAAUUUGUUUAACAUACUGAUGAAGUCUUUUUCUGACCGGGAUAUAUCGACAAAAAAAUAUGAUUUUGAAAAAAAUAGGUUUUGGUGCAGACGGUUGCAACGUGAUGAUGGGUGGGAAUAA